AUGCGGAAGUCAGAAACCGGAAACGCUUGAUGUGGAAGGGCGAAGACGAGUGAAAUCGCAUUUAAAAUGUUGAAAGAGUUGGUGAAGGAGCGACUAAUGGCGGCGGCCGAUGAAAUAUUCGCGAUGUUUGAAAGAACGUUAGCGUCCUACGAGGAGGAACUUUGUCGAACGAGGGAGGAGAAGACGCGACAUCGACAACAACUGACGGCUGCUGUUAGCAAGGCUAACAUUGGAUUGCAAGUUGGACGUGUCCAGCAUCUGAUUGGUCGUCAACAAGAACAGCAGGGGACGAGCUCCACUUUGAGGCAGGAGGAUCCACAGCCCCCCCAUGUCAAACAGGAAGAGGAACUCUGGAUCACCCGGCAAGGAGAGUGUCUUCUAGGGACGGAGGGGGCUGAUCUCACCAAGCUGCCACUGACUGGUGUCUCUGUGAAGACCGAAGACCAUGAAGACAAACCAUGUGAGUCCUCGCAGCUUCUUCACAGUCCAAGUGAGGAGAACGGAGGGGCGGAGCUUCCGAACAGCAUCUCACCACAACACAUGACAACAGAAGCUAACAACCUCUUAGCUCCGCUAUCAGAUAGUGGCGAAACCACGUCACACUCUCCUGAGGAUGAAGACAGGGACGACACUCAAGAACCUUUGAGCAGCGAUACAGACGCUGAAGGUGAUAUGAGGACUCACACCGACAACAAACACUCUGAAUGCUCUGAAAAGAAGCCGGGAAAACAACAGUUUACGUGUUCGUUUUGUGGUAAAAGCUUUUUUUAUAAGAGCUAUUUGGCGAGACACGUGGAGACGCACACAAGAGAAAAACCCUUUCGAUGCUCAAUUUGUGGGAAAAGAUUUUCCCGAAAGCAACAUGUGGUCGGGCACAUGAGAACGCACACUGGAGAAAAACCCUUUGCUUGUUCUGUGUGCGGCGAUACUUUUGCGGUCAAGGCCAAUUUGAAAAGACACAUGAUGACGCACACGGGUGAAAAACCCUUUCAUUGUUCGGUUUGCGGUAAGAAGUUCUUCCGAAAAGAUUAUGCGCUGUUACACAUGAGAACGCACACAGGAGAAAAAUGUUUUACCUGCACCGUCUGCGCUAAAAGAUUCUCAUAUUACAGUCAUUUGCUGAGUCACGUGAGGACGCACACAGGAGAAAAACCUUUCAGCUGCUCAGUCUGCGGCGACACAUUUGCUCAGAAGUCCACUUUGAACAGACACACGGGGACACACACGGGUUCUGCACUUCCUUUAAAGGUCUCAUUGUAAGGUGUGGGUACUGUGGAGUGAAUGAAGCGCUGUGAGUUUCGAAAAAAAAAAUUCUCAGCUUCACUUUAUCACAGUUUGUCAAAAAUAUGAAUUAAUAAACCAUGCUGUGUGUUGAAUACAACCCACUAUUAGCCAGGAUUUGUACAUAUUGAAUGAAUGUUUACAUAAUUUUUGCCUCAAUUAAGCAUACUUAUGCAUAAAAAAAUGCCGAAAU